CGAAGUCCGCCAGAGCGCAGCGAGCGGAGAACCAGUUGAUGAGAAGUGUCGUAGUGUGCUCGUGUGGUAUAAUGUGACGCGUUCUGUUAGCAGCGAACUAGGGAUUAGUCAGUUCUUUGCUUUAGUGUUGUGAGGAUGGAAUGACGUCAGCUUGACUGUGUACAGACUCUUGACUGUUUCAUCAAGUUCAUCUUCUAGUCUGUGCCUGUGAUAUUAACAGGAUGGGAGUUGCUGGUGUUCUGUUGCUGACCAUCACUGGGGUGGCUGUUGUCACUGGCCAGUUCAACUGUAACAGCCUGGUGCCACAGUGUAGCUGCUCAGGUCACACAGACACCUUCUACGAGCUGCUGUGUCCUCAGUUCAUGGUCCACUUUGGCUUCCACGACAGGGUCCAACUGCAGUGCAACUCUGUGGAUCGCUUGGACUAUACCGUUCUUUCCGGUCUUCGAUUCGGCGAUGUUGAGAAGUUCAUGUUGAGUUUGUGUCCAUUGCCGGAUACAUCGAUCAGAGAGCUCAUGGACAGCAUCGGGAUCAACAAAAUCAAAAUGCUCCAGAUCCAGUCCCACAGAAAUCUAAGUGACACAUUGCAGAAGAAACACUUUGAGAAGCUAUUUGAAGUUACCAACCUCAGCCUGAACAACAAUGGAUUAACAUCUUUACCUAGUGAUUUAUUUGAAGACAUGGAAAAUCUCACGUGGUUGGAUUUGAAAUUCAAUAAUAUAAUUUUACCCAAAGAGAUAUUUUACUUUACGCCUAAAUUGGAAGUUCUCGAGUUAGGAAAGAACAAUCUGACACAUUUGCCACCAGGCAUUUUCAAGAAUUUGGAUCGCCUCAGGCUGUUAAACCUCUGGACAAACAACCUUGUCAAUCUUACCAGAGCUGUAUUCUCAGAUGUACCAAACUUGGAAUCUUUGGAUCUGAACACAAAUGGAUUGGAAACAAUUAGACCCGACCUUUUUGCAGAUUUAGUGAAGUUGCAAAAACUGAAUUUGUAUGGCAAUGCUUUUAAAGGUCUGCCCCAAGGGUUGUUGUCAAGAAAUAUUGAGUUGGAAGAGUUUCAAAUGCACGAAAACAAACGUCCUUUAGGCACCUUACCUUCAGGUUUCUUGUCAAAUCUGACCAAAUUAAAAGUAGUGAAACUAAGUGGUUGUAAGCUGACAUCGUUACCUGAGGAUGUCUUCUCUGGAUCAUACAAUAUUGAAAGUCUAUACUUGAAUCGUAACUCUUUGACUAGUUUGCAGAAAACACAUUUUUUGGAUCUUGAAGACCUUGAAGUUCUGGACUUAAGUGAAAACUAUAUCACUCAUUUACCUGAAAAACUGUUUUCCAAAACAAAGAGAUUGAAAACUUUAAAACUUUGCUACAAUCAACUGGUAGAAAUAAAACCGCGGUUAUUUUUACAUCUCAGCAAGCUUGAAUUCCUGGAUCUGAGAUUCAACAGAAUACAAGAAAUAAAAGGAGAGCAGUUUUAUGGACUGGAAUCGUUGAAAUCUCUAAACAUAUCCGACAACCAGUUGUCAUCACUUGCGCCCACAACUCAGCUGAACGAUUUUGGCAAUUAUUCUGUGCUCCAGAACUGCAAAAACCUGGAGGAUCUCCAACUCGCCAAUAACUCACUGACUGAGGUCUACGCUGACUGGAAGAUGCUCCUCAAUCGUCUACAUAUCCUUAACUUGGCCUUCAACAAUAUCCAAAUAGUAGAGAUUGCCGACUUGGAUUUCUUUAGUGAUGUCACAAUGGAUCUUUCAAACAACAAGAUUAAACUGGUCAAUUUCUGGGACGCACCGUUAGUGGCCCGUGCUCAUCUGGACGUAUUCAACUCUACUUAUGAGAGAGACCUUCAGAUCAGACAGAAACGUAUCAAGCUAGACAACAACCCUUUUGUGUGUGAUUGUCAGCUUCUACCUUUUGUUCAGUUUGUUCGCAAUGGGCUGACUCCUGAAGUUCAGUACCUUUUUGACAUUCCCAGUGCAAACUUGAAAUGUAAAGAACCAAUGGCCUUAGAAAAGCAGCCUUUGAUCCAUGUGCCAUUAACCUCGCUUACCUGCAGAUUUGUUAAUCCUGAGUACAAAUGUCCAGAACACUGCAUUUGCGAGUACCGACCUAUAGACACUGGCAACAUUGUUAACUGUCAGGGAGCAGGUUUGCAGCAAGUCCCAUCACGUCUGCCUCUCUACAGGUUUGCCAACCACACUGAAUUGGUCCUUGAUUACAAUCGACUCACCAGCUUCAGUAUACCGCAGAAUGGAAGCUAUGAGAAUGUCACUCACUUCCAUCUGUCCAACAACAACAUCAAACGGUUGAAUAUUUCUGGAAUCUCUAAGAAAAUAAAGGUGCUGGAUGUGAGCCACAACAAUCUGACUGUGUUGACACCAGAGGAUUCGUCGUUCCUGGAGCGUACUCCUGACCUGAACCUGCUGCUACUACAUGACAACCCUUGGCAGUGUGACUGUGACACCAUACCUCUUCUCUGGCUGCUUAGGAAGAAGUUUACAGCGGUCAAAUUGUCACAAAACAUAACCUGUCAAGACAAUACUUCACUAGAAAAACUUGAAGAAACUCAGCUCUGUCCUAGCAGUGGAAGCAUUAUAACAACAAUAAUUGGUUUUGUUUUAGCUUUCCUUAGCCUUAUAAUAACAUGUUUUACUGCUUUGUAUUACCAAUACCGAACACAGAUCCACAUAUAUUGCUUCUCGAGUAAAUGGAAGGUACUGCGCUGGAUGGUGUCACAUCCAGAUAUCGAUGCGGAUAAGAGAUAUGAUGCUUUUAUAAGCUAUGCUAAAGAGGAUGAACCAUUUGUAGUAGAACAUCUAAUUCCAGAGUUAGAAGAAAAUGGAGAGACAAAAUUUAAGCUGUGUGUCCAUUUCAGAGAUUGGAAAGGGGGAGAUUCUAUUCCUAGUCAGAUUUUGUCUUCUGUCCAGAAUUCAAGAAGGACAAUCGUGGUCUUAUCGCCCAGUUUCCUGAAGAGUGUGUGGGGAAUAGUUGAGUUUAGAACAGCUCAUUCUGAGGCUCUGAAAACAGGAACUUCAAAAGUCAUUGUGAUACUGAAGGAAGAAGUAGGUGCUAUUACUGAACUUGAAGAUGAACUAAAAGCGUACCUCCAGAUGAACACUUACGUCAAGUGGGGAUCACCGUGGUUCUGGCAACAACUCAAGUUUGCACUUCCCCAUCCACCAGAGGACCCAGAUGACAUCAGCUGUUUCUUUGGUUGUUUCCCUUGUUUCCCAAAAAUUAGCAAGGACACUCGAUCUCAUAAUGUUUUGCAAAACGUUUGUUUGAAAGAUGGGGAAGUGGCAUAUGUGACAGAAAUGUCUGAAAAGAGAAAUGGUAAAGAUUUAAAUAGUCCUCUUUCACCUGACAAAAAGUCUUCACUUAUCAUUGAGUGUGUGGAUACGAAAUUGCCUGAACAUCAUCAGAAUGGUACAGUUAUAAAUGUAUAGGAUAUUGAGUCUCUUAUUUCUUGACAGAAAUCAACUUUAAGGCUUGUUAUAAAGCCUGCUGUACACACAUGUAUAUAUAGAGCCAGAACUGUAGGAGAUGUUUGAUUUUGAAACCAUUGUCCUGUUUGCAGAGACAAUGGUUUAUGAUCUCUGAACGAGAGUAUACUAUGAUUGAUAACAGAUUUGAUUGAAGUAAUCAUCUUUAGUCUGUUCAAAGACGUUUUGGAUGAUGGUGACAGAUUGUUCAUAGAACUUGAUUUUGUGUGUCGGUUUUGAACAUUGUCUAGUCUCUGGGUGAUUGUGAAUUUGAAUAGUUUGAUCAGAGCCACAUUCUAGAAGCAUUUAUAGAUUUUUAGUCACAGUUACAUAAAUAUCCAAUGAGAUAAAUAACAUUGAAUAUGGAUUAUUAAAUAUUAUAAACAAACAAUAUAUAACAAUAAUAUAAAAUAAAAUUUAAUUUGAAGUCAGAUGAUACAUUUUAGAAUCAUUUUAAUUUGUUUUAAAAGUCCAGUUUUCAGACAUAAACCAUCUUCAUUGUUCACUGUUAAUUUUCAUUCUUCACUUAAGCUACUAUCUUUGUAAGCUUUCUGUAAAAAUAUUGUUAAAUUUUUACAAGUGAGAAAUGCACUUUUACAUCCUAAUAACAUUUUCAUAAACUCGGAUCGUUUGUUGAAUAUAAAUCUCUUUUUUAUAAUAAAACUGCUCCCUACUCGCACUUUUUUUACAAGCACAUUAUUAUUUUUUUUUUUUUUUUUUCACGAGUUCCAAAAUGUUUGGAAACUUACAAAUUGUGUGCGCAUUUGAAAGUAUGUUAGUGAAAACGUAAAGAAACUGCUUAUGAAGUGCUGUGUAUGUUUUUUUUCUGCAUUUGAAGAAAAGCUUUGUGAGAAUACAUUCUACCAGCUUCCUCUUAUUGUAAUAUAAUACUUAAUUUAUAAACAAAAACUCCAAUAACUAUUGGAGUUUUUGUUUAUAAAUUAAUUAUUUUGUGAGAAUACUAGUAAUGCUAACGUGCUCUUUGUAUUCUUUAAAAAGUAAAUAUUUAAAUAAUUAUUUUUCCUCUAUCUUUUGGGUGAAGAAUGUUCUGAAUGUGGCUCUGACUGGAAUCUAGUUGAUUUCUCUCCAACCAAAUAUUUUGUAAAUAUUGUGAAUAAUAUGUUUUAAAUUAUUACUACUUUAGAGUAUUGUAUCAUUUUAAGGUUAAGACAUCGACCUUGUCAUUAUUGUCAAGGUGCCAGUAUAGAGUUGUAUGCCUCAUUGUAUAUACAAAAUGUGUAUAUGAAGGAAUUACAUAAUAACAUUUGUCCUAAAACUUUAUUACAUAUCAGGUUUAUUAUUUAAACAAAUGCAUCAAAACUUUGAUAAAAUAUAUUAUUCUUUCUUAGUAAUCUAAAACUAAUACCGCACAUUUAUGGCCGGUAGAUAACCAAAAUUAAUAUAUGUAUGUCCAUUCCAAAAAGAUUAAAUUCAUUGAUGCUAUGUUAAAAAAAUAUAGCAAAUUUAUCACAAAGUAUUUGAAAUAACACAAACAACAUAAAUAAGAACUAGAAUCUUUGAUCUUGUAUACACAUUCAUAAAAGUUCUGAUUGUCAUUUUAGGACCAAUUAUGGCUUGUAAAAUUUUAAGCAGCUCACUUUAUGCUAUGUUUGUAUAUAUUGUAUCAUUUAAAAUAUAUUCAUUAUUUUCUUUAUCUGAUCUAUCUAUAAUGCAGUAGUUCUUAGUUUUUUUAUAAUAUAAAAGUUGCUUCAUUUUUAUGUUUAUGAUAAAGCUCCCAGUCAUAAAAUGUAAAUAUGAAUAAAAUAUUAUUAAAACAAUAUUAGCAGGCUUGUCAUACUUUCAGUUUUGUUUAAAAACGCAUUACUUAUAUUAAAUCUAGCUCAACUUUUUUACUAAGAUUACUAUGUAUGUGUGUUAGUGAAACAGUAGAUUCACUAUUAGUCGUAUAGUUCUUUUUACUGCUUUUAGUUUACUUUGUGAUUGAUAAAUACAAUGAUUGUGUACUGCAAACAAGUGUACCUAUCCUGGUACCACAUCAAUACUGUCUACGUUUAAGUAAGCAGUGAAUAAAACUGUAAGUUAAGAAAUAGAAUGAUGCAUGCAAGAUAUUUGAAAAUCGUAGGACCAUGUUUUGAUUUGCAUUACAUUUGGAGGUAGAAAUCUCAGCUUCGAAAUAGACUAGUAGAGCAUUAAAGUGUCUCAGAAAAUUUUGUUACAAGUUUUUUGUUUUUUUUUGUUGCAAAAGUCUGUGUUUUUGUGAGGAAUUUACAUUAGAUAACUUCUCAAUGGUGUGAUUCAGUCACUAGUAAGAAACUGCCAUUGAAUGUGAACUGUUUGGAGGCAAAAAAAUCGUGCAUGGAUCAAUAGUAAAAUGAAAGAUUACAAUUGUACAUUUCUUCUUUGGUAGUAUAAAUAAGUUUGUAUAAAUACUCAUUUACUUCAAAUAAAUGUGCAUAACAAACAAAACAAAUUUUGUGUAAGACUGAUAGAUUUAAGCUGUGGAUAUGUAAUCCAUUGAUGGUAAUCUUUUGUGUAAAGUAAUCAGUCAAGUUCAGUGUGGAACUUAAUAAAACAAUACCAUUCGUAUAAGAAAA